AUGGCACCCAAUCGUAUCAUUAUCGACACUGAUCCGGGCGUGGACGAUGUGCUGGCCAUGUUGCUUGCGUUUUCAGCGAAACCGGAGGAGCUCGAGGUUUUGAUGGUAUCGGUGCAGUUUGGGAAUGUCGAUGUGCAGAAUUGUCUAAGGAACGUGAUUUCGCUUUUCCAGCACGUUGACAAUGAGCUGGCAUGGAGGAGGGAGAAUGGGCGGCCGGAGGGCUUCGAGGCGUUGAAGGCGAGGAAGCCUAUUGUUGCGGUGGGCGCUGAGGAGCCUCUGGCGGAGCACCUAUUCGUUGCCGACUUCUUUCACGGUAUUGAUGGCCUGGGAGGCAUUCAUCACAGCCACCCCCAUCUCACGCCCAAAGAAACGUGGAAGUCACUCUUCCAGCCGGCGCCGCAGAACAUGACGCCCGAACAAGCGGCCGAGCUGCGAGCCGUGGAAGAAGAGCACUCCCUCUUCACUCCCUCCCUCCAACCCGCACACCUGGAGAUUCUCCGUCUACUCCGCGAGAACGAACCGGAUACCAUUACCAUUGUGGCCAUCGGACCACUGACGAACCUUGCCACGGCCGCCGCCACGGACCCGGAAUGCUUCCUUCGUGCGAAGGAGGUUGUCGUCAUGGGCGGUGCUAUUGAUGUCCCUGGAAACCCUCCGAACCUCGCCCUCCUCCACUCCCCCACCUCCCCCAUCCAGCACAUACCCGUUCCCCCCUUCCACCUUACAAAACAACCCGACACGCCGCUGCGACGCGCGCUGAACGUCAGGAACCAGAUUACUCCCGGGGCGGAAUUCAACGUGUUUGCGGAUAGCGUGGCGGCGGCGAGGGUGUUUGCGCUGACGAGCCCGCACCCCAAGACGACGAUGCCGCCGGUGCUGCACGGGAAGAAGAAGUGGUUGGGUGAGUACCCGGAGGCGCUGAGCAAGAGGUUGAGGGUGAAGAUGUUUCCGUUGGAUAUCACAUCGCACCACCUCCUCCCCCGCACCCUCUUCCACACGCACACCUCGUCCCCUUCCCUCCUCACCUCGCCCCUAUCCAACUGGUCCAAGCUCUUCCUCAACCCAACCUUCGACAAGAUCCUCUCCCUCUCCCAGUGCCCGGACCCAGACCGCGUCGCACUCGAGCUCCACGACCCCUUGACGAUUUACUACGUCCUCACGAGCGACGAUCCGGGUUGGAAGUUUACGCAGGACGAGGAUGUGAGGAUCGAGACGGCGGGCCAGUGGACGAGGGGCGUGUGCGUGGUGGAUAGGAGGGGCAAGGUGGUUCGCGAUGUAAGUGGUGAUGAGGAUGGGGAUGUCAUGGAUGAGGUACCGGGGGAUGCCGGGGGUUGGUUGGAUGCCAGGAGGGGGAACCGCGUCAUGCGCUGUACGGGCAGUCCCGAUCAGAGGGGCUUUGGCGGAUGGUUCCUGAGGAGGGUGUUUGGGGAGGUGCGAAGGGGAUGA